AUGGGAAGAUCAUCAAACACCAGAGCCAGCAACUCGGGACGAGGCUGCAGAGGUCGAGGGUAUCAGAAGGACCGCAGUGCCUGGAGCCAGGCUAGAAGUAGCAGAUUUGUCCUGUCCCAACGCCGGACCGGCGUACCCCGAGGCAUCGCCCGUCCCGCCUCUGCCCCUCCCCUGAGCUCCUGGUCCUCGGCCCGGCAGCCAGCCGCCCCGGCCACCUACCGGGGCUCAGGGCCACAUAGAGGGGUGCCGGCUCUCGGCGGCCUCCGCCUCCUCCCGAUCCAUGGGCUCGGGGACCCCCAACCUUCUCUCCCCUCACGCAGAGGAGGAGGAAGAGAAAGAAGGAAGUGCUGGCUCCCCACCCGGACAGCUCCCUCUUGCCUCAGCCUCCCUGGACAGCGACCGCGGCCGGAAACGCCGCCUCCUCCCACCUCCCGGGGCUCAACCCGGAAACACACUCUUCACGCCGAGCCAGUCCUCCUGCCCCCACCCUCCGGAAGCGCAAUUCCAGCCGCGAGCCCGAAGGUGGGAGGAGGGGCGGCGCUGAGGGGAGAGCUACGCACAAGCGAGGACGUCCGGGCCCUCAGCCUUUGGCCGCGAGCCCUCGCGGGGCGGCCCGCACCUCUCCUCCUCAGCACGAGCACUCAGGCCCCAGACUCGGGCAAUGCCCACAAGCAAGAUGGCCGCGCCGGAGGCACCCCCCUACUGCUUAGCGCCCUGCUGUGCCAUUGGUCAGAGUGCGGAGUGAGGCCAGCGCCGAUUGGUCGAGAGCGAUGCGGGGGUGGGGGUGGAGCUGGAGCAGCCUGGAGCCAAGAGUGGGCAACGCGGCGUGAGCAGCAGCCCCAGGCUCCCGGAGCAUCGCGCCCGGAGAAAGACUUCGCCGCUCGGGGCCGCAGCCUGGUGAGCUCAGCCCCCUUCAAGCCCUCCCCUGCAUCUCAGCCGGAGCCUCUCCGAACCGGCGCUGGUCGAUGCCGAGACUCCCCAGGGACCCUAUCGCGACUCCAUCGUGCCAUAUCUCGACAUCACCGUACCCUGUCGAGACUCCAUUUUGUCACAACCCCUUCCAGUAUUUAUCUAUCUACCUAUAUAUUUUUUUAAAUUUGCCCUAUCAUAUUUGGGG